AUGGUUACCACGCCGCUGGUGGCGGGCCUGGCAGUGGGCGCGGCGGCCUACGGCGCCCGAGCCGCGCUGCAGGCCUUCAACGCCUGGAAGACGGCAGGCCCCCGCAUGCGCGCCUUCUACAAGGGCGGCUUCCAGGCCGAGAUGAACCGGCGGGAGGCGGCGCUGAUCCUGGGGGUGCGGGAGAGCGCCCCCGAGGAGAAGGUCAAGGAGGCGCACCGCCGCAUCAUGAUUGCAAACCACCCCGACGCCGGCGGCUCCUCCUUCAUCGCAGCCAAGGUCAACGAGGCCAAGGACCUGAUGCUGGGCAAGAAGCGGGGAGGGGGGUCCAUCUUCUGA